GCCUGAUGUCCACUCCAGACGCAAGCCUCAGCGCCCUGGCGGCCCAGCCAGCACCUGGUGCUGCACUGGCCAGCUUUUCCAUCUCCACCGGCUCGGACACCGCCGCUUCCCUGGGACGGACUUCGCCAGCUCUGUUGCCCGAGCACCUCCCCCAUGCCCAUCGGUCUCCUCUGUUACUGUCUGGCCAAUCUCCGCCGAGCGGCUCGCCGCGGUCUUUUGUUUCGGCCGACCUGCCCGAGUCUGGGGCGCCCAAUGGAGGCGGGCCGGGCCAAUAUUCCCGGCAGAAUAUCACUCACUUGGCAUCCAGUAGCUUUGCCCUGGCACCCGAUGCCGAUAAUGAGCUCUUCCAGCCUCUUUGUCCGCCAGAAAACUUCGCCCUCGUCACCCCUGGGGUAUAUCGGUCUGGCUUUCCGCGUAAGAAGAACUUUCGCUUCCUCAAACACAUCAAACUUCGCUCGAUCCUGACCCUCAUCUUGGAGGACUAUCCAGAGCCGAAUCUUCGAUUUAUGGAGGAAAACAACAUCCAAUUGCUUCAGUUCGGUGUCCCCGGCAACAAGGAGCCCUUUGUCGACAUCCCCGAGCCGAAGAUGGCCCUUGCUCUGGCUGCUCUGCUUGACCGGCGCAACCAUCCUGUCCUCAUCCAUUGCAAUAAGGGCAAGCAUCGGACCGGCUGUUUGGUCGGGCUUCUCCGGCGAUACCUUCGUUGGUCACACACCAGCAUCUGCCGCGAGUACCGCCUUUACUCGGCUCCCAAGGAGCGUGCCAUGGACCAGCAGUUCAUUGAGCUUUUUGAUAUGGGCCGGAUACGCCCACUGGUGGACCCCCGGUGGUUGCCCUCAUGGCCGGAGGUGGCUGGGCUAUUGGCCGGCCCAACGGCUCCCUCCGGCGAUGAGCCUUCUUCCGAGGCAGACUCCGAGCCUGCUCCUGGUGGAUGAUCGGCGAGGAAGACAGAGCACCAAAAAAAAAGAAGAAAAUAGACAAGCCGUGGCUUCGCCAAUCGGCCACAAACAGCAUGCUGAUCGCGCUCACCAUCAAUCGAGACACCUCUCCCUGUGCUGUGGAAACGACUCCGACUCUCGGCGCGACGCGCGAGGGCAACCAUGGGGGGGGGGGGCGGUGGGA